AUGUCAGUUGUAACCUGCCUUCGCCAACCUUCACAAGGACCAACUUUUGGAAUAAAAGGGGGUGCUGCAGGUGGUGGUUACAGCCAAGUAAUCCCAAUGGACGAGUUCAAUCUUCAUCUUACUGGUGAUAUCCAUGCCAUUACAGCUGCGAACAAUCUUCUGGCUGCUGCCAUAGACACACGAAUUUUCCAUGAAUCAACGCAGAGUGAUAAGGCUCUUCUAAAUCGAUUAUGCCCCCCUAACAAAGAAGGUACAAGGAGCUUUAGUAACAUAAUGUUCAGGCGUUUGAAAAAGCUUGGUAUUUCUAAGACCAAGCCCGAGGAUCUGACCCCAAAAGAAGUCAAGAAGUUUGCAAGGCUUGAUAUAGAUCCUGAUUCUAUCACAUGGAGGAGAGUUAUGGAUGUCAAUGACAGAUUUUUAAGAAAGAUUACAGUAGUUUUGGCUCUCACAACUUCUCUGGCUGAUAUGAGGGAGAGGCUUGGAAACAUGGUAAUUGGAAAUAGCAAGGCUGGUGAGCCUAUUACAGCAGAUGAUCUUGGAGUUGGAGGUGCUUUGACUGUGCUCAUGAAGGAUGCUAUUAAUCCUACUCUGAUGCAAACUCUUGAAGGCACUCCAGUUCUUGUCCAUGCAGGCCCUUUUGCUAAUAUAGCUCAUGGUAAUUCAUCUAUUGUGGCUGACAAAAUUGCACUAAAGCUGGUGGGUCCAGGUGGAUUUGUGGUUACGGAAGCUGGCUUUGGUGCUGAUAUUGGAACUGAGAAGUUUAUGAAUAUUAAGUGUCGAUACAGUGGCUUGACACCUCAAUGUGCUGUAAUUGUGGCCACUAUAAGGGCUUUGAAAAUGCAUGGUGGAGGGCCUGAAGUUGUAGCAGGGAAGCCUCUUGACCAUGCCUACUUAACUGAAAAUGUAGCUCUAGUUGAGGCUGGUUGUAUCAAUCUGGCCCGCCACAUAUCAAACACAAAGGCUUAUGGAGUCAAUGUUGUGGUUGCCAUCAACAAGUUCUCAACAGAUUCCGAAGCAGAACUAAAUGCCGUUAGAAAUGCUGCUCUAGCUGCUGGGGCCUUUGAUGCAGUAAUCUGCACUCACCAUGCAUAUGGUGGAAAAGGAGCUGUGAGUAACUCAUUCCAAACCAAUGUUCUAGUUAAGGAUUACCAGGAAAUGGUAUCAUUUGUAUCAUGCCUUAAGCAGGAAAGAAAUGUUGAAAAUAAUAAACUGAUAUUAACUAAAUGGUCAUAA